AUGCCUAUCAAUGCCAUCACUUCCAACCAUGUCAUUAUCAAUGGCGCAAUCAAGCCUGCAACUAUUGUGUAUUCGAAUGAAUCAGGCACAAUUCUGGAUGUUUUAGAAGGUUCGGUGAUUAUGAAGAAAACUGAGAUAACCAAAUAUCGAAUACAUUCGCUGGAGAAUGUAUCUCCGUGUACAAUCCUCCCGGGACUUGUGGACUCUCAUGUUCACUUGAACGAGCCCGGCAGAACUAGUUGGGAAGGAUUCGAAACUGGGACUCAAGCUGCUAUUAGUGGCGGGGUCACAACGGUGAUUGAUAUGCCGCUAAAUGCUAUUCCUCCCACAACGAACGUGGAGAAUUUUCGAAUUAAGUUGGAAGCUGCUCAGGGCCAAAUGUGGUGCGAUGUCGGGUUUUGGGGUGGCCUUGUUCCACACAACUUGUCAGACUUAGUUCCGCUCGUCAAAGCUGGUGUUCGAGGGUUCAAAGGGUUCUUACUCGAUUCGGGUGUGGAAGAGUUCCCCCCCAUUGGCAAAGAAUAUAUCGAAGAGGCAUUAAAGGUCUUAGCUGAGGAGGACACCAUGAUGAUGUUUCACGCUGAGUUGCCCAAGGCUGGUGAAGACCAACAACAAAUCGAGAGAGACCAUUGUGAAUAUUCUUCGUUUUUAUCUUCAAGGCCGGAUUCCUUUGAGAUAGACGCCAUCAAUUUGAUUCUCGAAUGUUUGAGCGCUAGAGAUGGACCAGUUCCUCCCGUACAUAUAGUCCAUCUGGCAUCGAUGAAGGCUAUUCCCUUGAUCAAAAAGGCACGUGCAUCUGGGCUUCCAGUCACAACAGAGACUUGUUUCCACUAUUUGUGUAUUGCCGCAGAGCAGAUCCCAGACGGGGCAACUUACUUUAAGUGCUGUCCACCCAUCCGUUCUGAAUCCAACCGCCAAGGCCUAUGGCAUGCAUUGCGUGAGGGUGUCAUAAGCUCAGUCGUGAGUGACCAUUCGCCUUGCACGCCUGAGUUGAAGAACUUGCAAAAGGGAGAUUUUUUUGAUUCUUGGGGAGGAAUCGCUUCCGUUGGACUGGGUUUACCGUUGAUGUUUACUCAAGGCUGCUCUCUAGUUGAUAUAGUUACAUGGUGCUGCGAAAACACUUCCAAGCAGGUGGGGUUAUCUCAUCAAAAAGGCACUAUAGCUCCCGGGUACGAUGCUGACUUGGUAGUUUUUGAUACUAGCAGUGAACACAAAAUAACUAAUUCAAGCGUCUUCUUCAAAAACAAAUUGACUGCCUAUAAUGGGAUGACCGUCAAAGGUACGGUUUUAAAAACUAUAAUAAGAGGUCAAGUCGGAUAUACGAAUGCCAACGGAGUGUCGAAGACACCAUUGGGUCAAACUUUGCUUGAUUCCAGACAUUGA